AGUAGUUAAUCUAAGCAAAUGGUUCGUUCAGCUAACUUCUACCCAACUAUACACAGCCAUUAAUUACCUGUCCCAACUCCUUCAAAGAUCUCACACCCCUACUACAAUUCAACCCCCAAUUAUUCAUUUCUCAGAAAAUUUGCUCUUUCGUAGAUCCCAAAGUGUGAAAAAAUGAAGGUUUUGGUAGUUACACGUAGCGGCAAAGAACUAAUCAAGGGUGGCCUUGAGCUCACCGAUUCCGCCACGGUUACUGAUCUGCAGGAGGCAAUUCAUAAACGAACCAGAAAAUACUAUCCUUCUAGACAGCGACUCACCCUGCCUGUCCAACCUGGGUCAAAAGAGAGGCCAACUGUUCUUCACUACAAGAAGAGUCUCAAUGAAUAUACUAAUGGGAGCACGAGUGAGUUAACCGUAGUUUUCAAGGAUCUUGGUCCGCAGGUUAAGUAUAGUACACUUUUCUUCUGGGAGUAUCUAGGUCCUCUGGUACUCUAUCCUAUCAUUUACUACUUUCCAGUCUACAAGUUUUUCGGCUACAAAGAAGAACGUGUUAUCCACCCUGUCCAGACAUAUGCCAUGUAUUACUGGUGUUUCCACUACUUCAAAAGGAUCAUGGAGACCUUUUUUGUGCAUCGCUUCAGCCAUGCCACUUCUCCACUUUCCAAUGUUUUCCGGAACUGUGCCUAUUAUUGGUCUUUUGGAGCUUUCAUUGCUUACUAUGUGAAUCACCCUCUUUACACUCCUGUAAGCGAUCUCCAGAUGAAGAUUGGAUUUGGUUUUGGCUUAGUUUGUCAAGUUGCAAACUUCUAUUGCCAUUUAUUGUUGAGAAAUCUCCGAAGUCCCAGUGGUAAUGGAGGUUACCAAAUACCAUACGGCUUCUUGUUCAAUAUUGUUACGUGUGCCAAUUACACAACAGAGAUCUACCAGUGGUUGGGCUUCAACAUUGCUACUCAGACCGUUGCGGGCUAUGUCUUCAUGGUUGUUGCUGCUAGCAUUAUGACUAACUGGGCCCUUGGAAAGCAUCGUCGUUUGAGAAAGCUCUUUGAUGGAAAGGAAGGAAGACCAAAGUAUCCUCGACGAUGGGUGAUAUUGCCUCCUUUCCUGUAGAAAUAUGGGGAAGCCAGAGAAUUGUUCAUUUAGCUUACCAUUUUCUGUGAACCUGCAGCUUUUGAAGGUUUAUGUUUCUCAUUAGAGUAUUUAUUACUUAAUCAGAUUUUCCCUUGGUUCUCUUGUAUUUCUGUUCCAUGUUUUAGCUUCUAUUUAGACCAAAAGAUGUUUGAGUGAGUUCAUUUUUGUAGUUCUCACUUCUUUGUGAUGUCUUCAAAAAACAUCUUUGUUACCCUCA